AUCCCCUUUUGCCACUGCUGAUUGGAUCGUCGGACGAGACACCCUGUCCCCACCAUUUGGAACUGGGCCGGCAUUCGUCCGAAGUGGAGUCACAGACUGCAUUCCCAUGGGUCUUGGAUGAUACUUUGACUAAGCUGGGAAUUAAUCCAUAUCCCACUCCGAAUUCACUUGCACGGUUGAAACCUAUUUUCCAACAUUCAACCAGGCGGUACUAUUCGCCACGUGAGCUCCGCGGACCGGAUAUAUAGAUAAACACGUACACCGUACGACUCGAGUUUGUCGCAUCUCAUCUUUCUCGACCUCAAUUUGACAGGCUCUCUCAGAUCCCAAAACCACAAACCAUGAGCUCUCCCAUUAGUGUUGGUGUAAUUGGCGCGACCGGCAAGGCUGGUCAGUCGGUGGUCCAGGGACUGUUGUCGUCACCGUUCGAUUUUGUGAUCACAUCCUUCACACGCCACACCUCCGUCGAUAGCGAGGCGAACCAGAAGCUCCGGGCACACGGGGUGCACAUCACCGGAUAUGACCUCAGCCAGCCCCGCGCGGUCCUGGUCGACCAGCUGAAGGGAAUCGACGCGCUGAUCUCCUGCAUCACGUGGGAGCACCUAGAGCUCCAAAUCCCUUGGAUUAAGGCGGCCAAAGAAGCGGGGGUAAAGCGCUUCGUCCCAUCAGAAUGGGUCGGACCCGCGCCCCGCGGGGUGAUCGAUAUCAAGGAUAAGAAACUCGAGAUCCUCGGUCUGAUCCAGCGAGUUGGACUGCCGUAUACGCUCAUUGACGUGGGCUGUUGGUACCAGGUCUGGGUGCCCAAGAUCCCCUCGGGCCGCACCGACCCCCACCACAGCGUCUAUAUCGACCACCGCAUCGUCGAGGCCGGCGACCAGCGCUUCGCCCUAACUGACAUGGGAGACAUUGGCCGGUACGUGGCGCAGAUCAUCACCGACCCGCGCACCGUGAACCGCCAUGUCUUCGCCUACACCGAGGUCUUGAGCAUGAAUGAGAUCUGGGAAACCAUGGCGCGUGCCAGUGGAGAGACGCCUGAAAAGGAAUAUAUCACGGAAGCCGAGAUCCGCGUCAUCGUCGAGGAAUGCCGGAAGCGACUGGCCGCCAGUUCCGAGAGCGUGAUGCACCCGAGCAACAUCCUCGACAUCGCCAACUUCAACAUGGGCCAGUACCGCAUCUCCUGGUGCGUGCGCGGCGAUAACACCCCCGAGUAUGCCGACUAUCUGGGGUGCUUGGAUUUCUGGAAGCUGUUCCCCGAUUUCCCCCGCGGGCGGAGUCUCGAGUCCUUCUACCGGGAUAUCGUCGAAGGACGCACGACAGAAACAGGGAUGCUUCCUAUGCCGAACAAUGCUUGA